CAGGAGAACGCACGUUCUGUUGAAAGGGGCUGGUGUUUAAGUCUUUGUUGUCAGGCACAAAUACAACAGGUGCGUCAUUUCGUGACAGUGUGAGAGCAGCGGGAUUGAACCAAGUUGUGUCCAACGAUUCCUUGCCAGGUCUUGUUUUGAAGACGGUAGUUGACUCUGGGUUUACAGGGCAGUGUUUUUGCUCUUCUAUGUGGGGACAUUUAUAAGGGUGUUCUGUUGGAAACCGUUGACAGAUUCCGAGGUGGAAAGUACUUCGUUCUGCCACACGCAAACCCACGGCAGAGAAGAACGGACCUAUAGUCUAUGGCCAACCAGUUGUGACAACACAGGAAGAGGAAACAAACCAAGAAGGUGAUACCUACGGGAUUUUAAGUCGAAUGUCUUAUUUUGGUUAGAAGGUGGACAACAGUAACUUGUUGAUGCAAGCUGACGUAUUCCAAAGGGAACAGCAGGGUAGUCUAGAAUUUUAGAUCUGACCGACUACCCGAGAAGAUAAGGUCUUCGCUGUGUUGACUUCAAGCUAUAUUUCUACGGCCAUCUGAGACGAGAGUAACAGGUUUAAGGGUUCUCAGGGCGCCAACAUGUCGGCCCGAGUUGUUGACAAGCAGCCGAAAAAGGGCGGGAAGGGAGAGGAAAGUCUGGAGCUGGUAACAUGGAUGGGACGACCGCCGGACAAGCCUACCAACUGUCCCGCCGGUCUGGAGUAUCUCACCACCCUGGACAAGCUCCGCAUAUCACAGACAUACGGGCCAGAAGGACCUGUAUGCAACUUUGAAAACAACGAUUACGUCAUCAAGAACGGCAGAGGACAACAGGUGUAUUUUGCGUCGGAAGAGACGAACUGUUUCUGCCGGCAGUGUUGCGGCCCUGCCCGCGCCUUCCACAUGCGGCUGUACGACAAGCUGUCCCGGGAGGUGCUGCACCUGGUGCGGCCAGCGCGCUGUGACGCCUGCUGCUGUCCCUGCUGUCUCAUGACUGUCACCGUCAAGACAGGCGACGGGGAGACCCUGGGCUACGUCAAGCAAAAAUGGAAUAUAUUCCACGGGAUUCUGGAGGUUCAGGACGCGGACAAGAAGCCGUGGUACCACAUCCGGGGUCCCGCCUGUCCGUGCCGCUGCUUCAGUAACAUGGAGUACAAGAUCCUGUCCCUGGAGGAAGAUAAGAAGGCUGUCGGGUCCAUUGCUAAACGGUGGGGAGGGCCACAGGACAAGUACAACAUGGAUCACGAGAACUUUGAGAUUGAAUUUCCGUUUGAGGUGGAUGUGAGGAUGAAGGCAGUACUGUUGGGAGCAUGCUUCCUGGUUAACUACAUGUACUUUGAGAUGAGCUAAAGAGAGACACAAAACAUUAUCCACAACUCUGGGGAGGACAUACCCGAACAAGUAUCUCAAGAAAGACUAUUGAAAAAGAUGGGACUACACCACAGUAUAUAUAUGAGCUGUAAC